CUCUUUUCAUUUUUUUCAUGUUCAUUCUAAAUAAUCUAUUAUUAGAUUCUCAAACGUAAAGUGAAUAUCAGUACGUAAUUUCAAUUCCCAUGAAAAGUGCAACAUAUAUCUGUCAGUGUUACCGUUGGAAAAUUAUUGAAGGAAUAAAAUUCUAUAAACUGUCUAUUCAACAUGUCCACUGAAUUUGAAUCUACUGCUGAUAAAUGUGCACCACGUAAUGCGUUGUUUUGUUGUCGAUCGCCAAUCUGUUUGAAUAAUAGUCCACAAUUGAUGCCUGUCACAAACAUUUCAUUGGACUCGCAACACCAAAAUCAAUCAAAAGUUUAUCCUGUGUUUGUACCAAAUCUGUCGGAUAGUGGACACUAUCAUAAUUUGAUUUCACAAUCAAUGAAGAUUUCGGGCGAAACUCAAAAGAAUGAUCAGACCCCGAAGAGUAUUGUAUCAAUGGAUCCCGAAACAUUAAAAACUCGUCGAAUAAAUAAAUCACAAUCUGCGCAAGAUAUUCGACAUUAUGGUAUUAGUUUGCGGCGUGUAACGCCACCAAAAUCAACGAUUUCUGUGAAAAAAAACGAUAAUCCAAUGAUGAAUGUUGUUUUACGCAAGGUUGAAAAGAAGCUGCUUGAACCACCCAAAUCCAGUAAACACGAAAAAAGUCCGCCUCCAAAAAAACUCACCCCAAUUAGUACUAACGCUGGUAUCAGCAUAAUAAAAGCGAAAAAAUCACGAAUUUUUUCAACUAACCAAAAUUUAAUUGCAAAAUCAAAAUCAAUAAAUUGUGUGCCAAAGAAAAAUGAAAUCGACCUAAAAACUUCAUUGGCAAUAGCGAAACCACCACAGCCACUAGCGUCACAGCCUGUAAAUUUAUUGAAAACACAAAGACCUCCUCUUGAAAUUCAUAAAAUUGAGGGCGACAAAAUCAUCAUUAUAAGACGCGUUUCUCGAGCACAGCGUAUGGCGGUCGACUGUGAUCUAAAGCACAAGAGCUUACCUACACUUUCAACAGCUCCCCUUAAACAGAACCGUAUUUCCACGUAUGACUUUCCUAUGUAUUUUGAAAAUGAACAAAGCAUACAUCACACAACACAUACUUUUGUAUCUCAUCCUAAAUCAAACAAAUCACAAUUAAAUCAUGGAGAGAACCCAACAGUACUCGCAAGGCAAAAUAGUGAAUGGACUAACACACCACACGCAAAGCCAAUCGAAAUAAAUUCAAUGUCUGAAACGAAUGGACAAACCUCUAAUCCGUUGUCAAAAUCGUUAUCACUUCAAGUAUUUUCUGAUGAAAGCCAAUAUUCUAAUAACAUGUUAUCAGAAUAUAAGCAAAACAAAGAAAAUGAUGAAUUAUUAAAUGCACAAAUUUACAAAAGUAUUGGAAAAUUCAUUCCAAAUUUAGAACUCAUGCAACUGAAUUCAAUUGUCCCGGUGAAAACUUCAACAUCUACGAAAUCAAAUCGAUAUUAUUUAAAUGGUGGUCAAUCAUCUUCAAAUAGUGAUUUAAUCGAUUUGACUCCAAAAAAAAUUGUCCCCGUUGGCGAAAUGUACAAUGAAGAUAUCGACUACAUGAAUAAUUAUUUGAAAAGUUUGCCUGAUUACGAUGAACUCAAUCGAAAGAUUACUAAUGAACAGCAAAAAUGUGAAGACAUAUAUGACCGUCUUUUGUGCAUAAAUUCUUCAUUGAAAUCAGAUCCUUUGCCUAAAUCUAAUUCAUAUCACAACAUAUCCACAGCAUUGAUAAAGCCAAAUCAGUCCCUUUCCGCAAAAAACUACACAGCUAAAAAUAAAAUAAUUCGUAGUUCGUCAAGUUCGAUGGUCAAUCAUAGUUUAAUUAACAACCCCGAUAAAUUUGGCAUUACUCCAAUAAAAUCUAUCAAUUCGGCGCAAAUAAACAUGUCGCGAGGAGCGUCACAAUCUAAAACCAAUUUCAAUGAAAUUUAUCGAUUGCAAAACACUUUGCUAAAAAGCGCAUCAAGUUCGAGCAUUCAACGUAGCAAUUCAAAAAAAGGACUUAAUGAUUUUUGGUCAGAAAACUUAGCCAAAUCUACUCAACAAAAGUUAGGAUGGAAUUAUAAUAAAAUUAUGGCGAAUAGAAAAGAGAACAUGAAUUUGAACAAUUCUGAGGUUAAUUUACCAGCGAUAAGUGACAUCAUUGAGAAAGCACCAGAGAUAAGCGGAUAUAAAUUACAAAAAAAUAUGUCAUUAUCACAUUUGGGAAAAAAAAUUCAACAAAAUGUUUCUCGAGAGGAAUUGUAUAAUUUAAUGUGUAAUAAUGUACAGAUUUUGGAAGAGAAAAACAACUCCAAAUGUGACCAUGAGCCAAAAUCAAACCAAAUAUGCAAGCCAGCAACAUACGUUUUGCAUGAUAAAAAAAGCUCAUUAUUAAAGAGUUUUUCGCAAACCAAUGUGUCAUCUAUUUAUAGUGAAUCUAAAGAAAACAAGCCACAAAAAAAAAACAGCAUUCCAACAUUAUUCAAACCGCAUUGCAAGAGUCACUUCUUUAGUUCAACCUUUAACAGUCCAAAAGAAAGUUCUACUUCUAAAUUUUUAGUGAAAAGUUCGUCUAGUUCAACAAUUGGCAAACUCAAAAAUAUGAAAAACGACAUAAAUGAUAAUAUACAAAUCAGAACUUCAGAUAAUAUGCAUUUGAGCACAGCGGAAACUUUUUCAAACAUCCAAAACAGAAUAUCUAAGAAUAAUUACAUGCCAAAUACACAAAAAAAGUUUACAUCUCACGGUAUAUCAUCGUUGAAUAAACAGAACAGUGUUCAUUUUUUCACUGCACAUACGAUUCCACAAUUAGGUCAGAACAUUGCUGUUGAUCAACAUGAAUCAAAAAUAAAAGCACAGAUAAUGACACAUCAAAAUAAUUCUACAUUAUGUCAUGAAACGCUUUUGAAUAGUCCAAAUAAUUAUUUUAUGAACAACAGUGUGAAUAAAUGUUUAAAAACAUCGUUUCUAUCCAAGAAUACUGAUAAAAUUAUUAUGCGGCAAAUUUCUGAAACAUCGAAUUCAGGUCUAAAUUCCAAAACAUUUAUUGAAUAUAUUGAUGAUAAAAAAUUAAAUGAGAGUAAUUUCAACAACGUGUCCAACGUGGGAAAUAAAAAAAACAUCACACAUCCAAAAAUAGAUUUUACUUCAUCAAAUUCAAUAACAAAAUCUACGAUUCCAUUAUUUUCGCCCGACAUUCAAACACGGAUAAUACAAAAUAAAAUAGAUACAUCUAAAGAGUUACUAGCGAAAGGGAAGGAACAGAGAAAUACAAAUUCUCAUUACAUUAAUGUCGCAAGCUCCCUUGAAUCAUGUAGCGAAACAAAUUCUUCAACUUGCAAAUAUAAUAAAACAGCAAGAAGGCAUCAUCCAUCUAUGUACAAUAUCAUUUCAAAUGUCUACCAAGUAUAUGCUGAUCAACAACCCAGUCAACAAAGAACAUCGAAACACGCUUUUCACACAAAGGCAUUGAAAGCACCAGCUAUACAAGAUGAUGCUGAUGGCCAUUUGAUUUAUCGUACUGGCGAUAUUCUACAUAACAGAUAUAAAAUCAUGGCAACACUGGGUGAAGGAACGUUUGGUAGAGUUGUAAAAGUCAAAGAUAUGCAAAUGGACUACUCGAUGGCAUUAAAAAUUAUCAAAAACGUGGAAAAAUACAGAGAAGCGGCCAAACUAGAGAUAAAUGCCUUGGAGAAAAUUGCCCAACGUGAUCCAAAUUGUGAACAGUAAGAUUAUUUAAUUUCAAUAUGAACUACAUUCAUAUUCA